AUGUUACUUAUAAAUGCAGUAAAAGAAGGAAGGACUACGCAAGUGAAGAUGUUUAUAAAAGUCGGAAUAGACGUGAAUGAAGUUGACGAAAAUGGCCAUACUGGGCUUAUACACUCCUGCUUUCUUCAAGACGCUCGAGUGAGGAUGAAAAUUUGUAAAGCGCUGGUUUUUGCUGGAGCAGAUAUUAACAAGAGGGACAAUUUUGGACGAUCACUUCUUUCGUGGGCUUGUUUAAAAGGAAGAGUUGAAAUCGUCCGCUUUCUGCUGAAUGAUCAAUCAUGCAUUGAUCUUCAAAUAAAUGUCACUGAUAAGGGUGGAAACAACACGCUUCUUCUCUCCGUUAUCUCUGGAAACUUUCUUCUUGUCAAAAUGAUUGUGGGAGUUUUAAAAGGCACUGCCCGAUCAAGCGAACUCAACAAAGCUAACAACGCUGGUAUGCGUCCUCUGAUUGCCGCGUUUCUACGCGGCGAUAAGCUUUGCGCGCAGCUUCUCGUUCAACAAGCUGGUUCUUCAGUUUCGAGUGUACUUAAAUAUCUAAAGAGUGUUCAAAACGACCCUUAUGAGUUCCGUGUGAGCAUCUCGUCGUUGCCUUUAUUUGAUUCUUCGCGGAACAAAAAACAAACGUUGGAUAGUUUUGUUCAAUUUACUCAGCUGACAGAAGAUAACAUUUUUUCGUUUCUGUUUGCGAAGGAUGAAGGCUCAUUGGACAAGCAGAAGUGCGAAUCGCAAGAGAUAAAAGAUGACGAUAAAAUUUCGCCUCAGCAGAAAAUUUUGUUGGCAAGAAGAUCUGGGUUGAAAAGGCGAGAUUAUACUUCACGAGAGCGGUCCGAUACAAAGGAAAGCACCUACAAAUUGAGUGCUUAUAGCAAUCUAUUUAAAGGAUCAUCCGAUUACCUUGUAAUGAGUAAUGAGCUCUUGACGCACGAAAGCUUGGCACCUACCCGUGAAAACAACAAAGCUGGCUCAUCGCGCACAUCAGUUCAAAAACUGUUGAUUCUUUACGCCGAGCAGAACUCUCCCUCCUUCCGACAAGGUUUACCCGUCCGUAAAUACACCCCCGCACCUCAGACACCCCAUAUAAACGCGGAAGGCGACGGGGAACUUGAUUCCAGGCGUUCCAGUUUGCAUCCCGGUGAGUGCGACUCGAUAGCAGGACUUUCUCCGCGCCUUCUUGGAGAAUCCCUACUGGAUCAACAGACGCGUAUGAAGUAUGCGCGCAAUUCGAGAGCUGCCAGUAUGCAGGUACCAAGGUUACCUUCUUUAGGACGCGGACGUGUGAAAAGAACCAAAUCUUCGACUAUCAUGGCUGCUGUGAAAUUUUAA